GCAAUUUCUCAGGUAAGGUGACGAAUUUAUAUGUCAUGAAUUAGAAGAUGAUAACAAGUUUCCUAUAGAAAAGGUAAAGUCUUUACUACUCUUUGUGGACACUAUAAAUUUGCUGGAAAUUUCUAAGAAUUUGGUCCCCUUUGAACAAUUAUCCAGCAUGUGAACUUCAUUAGAGGUUGGACCCAUUUGAUGGAUGACCGAAUCCUUGGAAGUCCUCGUAUUUCAUCUCUUCUUAUGUGAAAACUUGUUUUUAUUUGUGUUUGUUGAUGGACCCAUUCACAAUAAUGCACAAUGUGGAAAGAAGACUUCAUAUCAGACAUUGACUUAAAAUGUGAGGACAUUAUUAAUGAUAAGUUAGACCAGAUUCUGAGAAAUAAUUUUACCAAUUAGGCUUCAAAUAUUAAUCUGAGAAGUUACCUGUUAGUCUUUAGCAAUAUCCUUCAACAAUGUCUCAUGCUUCUUCUUCCAAAGUUUGCAAGUACGAUAUCUUUUUGAGUUUUAGAGGUGAGGAUACGCGUAGAACCUUUGUGAGUCAUCUCUAUAAUGCUUUGGAACAGAGAGGAAUCCAUGCUUUCAAAGACGAUGAGCGGUUGGAGGCAGGACAAUCAAUUUCUGCUGAACUUUUAAAAGCCAUAGAAGACGCCAGAUUCGCUGUCGUGGUAUUUUCAAAAAGCUAUGCAUCGUCAAGACGGUGCUUAGAGGAGCUUGCACACAUCAUAAAGUGUAAAAUGGAAUUGGAGCAGGUUGUGAUUCCAGUAUUCUAUGAUGUGAGUCCAUCAGAUGUACGCCAUCAAAAUUCCCCUUUUGCUGAUUCAUUUUUCCAACACGAGGUCAAAUACAAAGAUGAUAUGGAGAAGGUUCAAAGAUGGAGAGGUGCAUUUGCGGAGGCAGGCAAAAUAUCAGGCUAUCAUUUACUAAAUUUCAAGGAUGAGGCAGCGUGCAUCAAGAAACUAGUUGAUGACAUAUUUUCUAAGUCACUUCAAAUUAUUUCAGCUUUUCCCGGGAAGUUUAGUGGGUAUGACGUAAACCAUCAAGAACAGUUGGAAUUUUGGGUUGGAGAACCAGAAUGGUAUGAAAAGGAAGACAUGAGUGAUGCAAACGUCUGUCUAUGACUUAUUUUACAUCACAAAUUUCAAAUAUAUUUUGCUUUCUUUCUUAAAUUUCGUACCCAAACCAAACACGUAUCGUAAAAUGGUAUGGAAAGAGUAUGUGCUACAUUGUUAGUACAAUUUGUAUAUGAGGGGUUUGUAUCAAUGAUACAUGGAUGAAAUUUUUACUAAUUAUAAUGUUGCUUUUUGAGAUCAUCCGAGAUCUCAUUGGA